CACCAAUUUGAAUGAAAAGCUUCGCAAAGGUUUCUUUCGAUGGACGAAAAUUGGCUUCUUGAGUUAGACCUUCCCCAUCAGUACACAUCAUGAGUAAUAUAAAUAUAAACGUUUUUUUUUUUUUUUUUACUAAAGGGCCGUUCACCUAGAACGAUAUCUAAAGCGCGCGCUGCCGUAAUGUUUCUGCCGUUUGAAAUGCACGCGCUCCUCAAAGUAAGAUUGUGAUAGGCUGUCAAAAUUUUUUGUAUUGUUCAUCAGCUGGAAUGUCGUUGGAAUUUCAUUUUAAAACGAUUUUUUUUGUGACGUUUAUCGUUAAAGCUGUCGUCUUUGGUGUGAACAGGCUUUUUGAACGUUUAACGUAAUAUAAACGCGUAUGGAUGCUUGGGUUAACGUUAGUGCUUGUGGCGAACACGUCAGAAAUAAAAACGUUUUUUCUGUUACUCUGUAAGUUAAUAUUCAUCCUUUGGUCCUUGUUCCAUAUUCACCCAACGUUACUAUGAUUCAACAAGGCCACACAGACUCUGCAGGGCAGUUCAUUGUGAGAGUUGCCAAAUCCAUCUCAUUUCCCUGCGGCUCGUGUUUUCAAGGAAACAGAAACGGGCGACUGUUGCUGAGGAGUUCUGGCUGGACUCGUGUUGUUGUGUUUCCUCAGGUUUCUACUAAACCUCUGGAAGAAAGACACCUUCUCCACACGAUCUGCUGCCCAACCUCCUCUCCGUCUGGGACCCUGGAGACCGAAGCUUUAGCUCCAUCCCUCCCGCACGCAGCUGUAUGAGAGACCACUACAAAUCGACACACGUCGAGAGAGGGAGAGACGAGGUGAGGCGUACAGUGAGAAGUUAGCAACACAGACAUGCUUUCGAUCUGACGUCCAGGCGUCUGCGCUGCUAAAGAGUCUAAACUUGUCCUGCUCUGGAAGACAGCAUGAAGAGUUUCACCAUCGGCCGCUUCCAGCUGACUGCCAUGACAACAGGUUUGGUUCUGCUCUGUCUGGGAGGUUCAGGUCUGGAACUCAAUCCCAGCGUUUCAGAGGUAAUUCUCUCCACCAACUCCUCCUUCACCAUCACCUGCUCCGGCUGGAGGAACGUCUCCUGGUACUACAAGCGGGAGGAGAACGUUCCGGCGUUUCACACCGAGUCGCGAAGUCCCACCUCCAGUGUUCUGAGUCUGGAGAAUGUGACGUGGACACACACCGGGGUUUAUGUGUGCUCUGAGAACGGGACAAAUGAGACCAGAGAGGUGGCUGUCUUUGUGCCUGAUCCUGAGGUGUGGUUCCUCAACAACGAUCACAGCAUGGUGACUAAGACGCGAGAGGAAAGCACGAUCCCCUGUCUGGUGACGGACCCGUCGAUAAACGUCACGCUGUACGAGAGAGACACAGACAUCGUGGUGGAGGGCUCGUACAACCCCAGCGUGGGCUACACCGCUGCCCUGGACGACAGAAACUACAUAUGCAGAGGAGAGCUGAACGGCCAGGAGAAAGAGUCCAUCCCGUUCUACGUCUUCAGUAUAUUUGCUCCCGAGGCUCUGGAUCCCUACAUCAACGCCUCCAAAACGGUCCUGAAACAGGGUGAGACGCUGAACGUCAACUGCACCGUUCACGGCGUGCAACUCGUCUUCUUCCAAUGGGACUUUCCCAACAAAGACGAGGAGGACAUUGAGCCCUUGACUGAUGUCCUGUCGUCCAUGAGCAUGAGGUCCUGUCUCAACAUCACGAAUGCCUCGCUGGCCCGAUCCGGGCAGUAUGUUUGUCAUGUGCAUGAGGGUGUGGGGGAACACACAGCUUCAGCCAGUAUUGACAUCACCGUUCUGGAAAGAGGUUUCGUGGCUCUUGGUUCACAUCCGGACAGGAACAUCUCGGCGCAUCUGGGAGAAAACGUGGAGUUAAAGGUUGAGAUCGAGGCGUAUCCCAAACCCAUAAUUCGCUGGUCUAAAGAAGGCACUGUGAUUCGAGGACACAACACGAGACAGGAACAGGAGACCCGGUUUGUCAGCACUUUGACCCUGGUCAGGAUCCGACUGGAGCAGAUGGGUCUCUACACUGUUAGCAUCCAAAAUGAAGAUGACUUUAAAGAGAUGACCUUUGACCUAGAGGUGAAAGUUCGUCCUCAGAUAACUGAACUCUCCGACCAUCACCUGCCUGGAAAGAAGCACGCGGUCACCUGUGUGGCGGAGGGGGUGCCGUCUCCCAGCAUUCAGUGGUUCAGCUGUGACAGCAUGACCAAGUGCAGUAACAGAAGUGCUGUGUGGAGCCCCCUGGUGGAGGAUCCGGAGAGGGUCUCCAUCCAGACUAACGUCACCUACAACAACACACGCAGGAUCCACCAAGCGCACAGUCAGGUGACCUUCCUCCGGCCGCAGCUGGUCACCAUCCGCUGUGAGGCCAGCAAUGAGAGAGGAGCUCGAGCCAGAGACAUCAGACUGGUCAACAACACGUUGUUUUCCCAGGUGGCAGUUCUGGCCGCUGUCUUAGCACUGGUGGUCAUCGUCAUCAUCUCCAUCAUCAUCCUCGUCGCUGUGUGGAGGAAGAAGCCACGGUAUGAAAUCAGGUGGAAGGUCAUUGAAUCGGUCAGUUUAGAUGGACACGAGUACAUCUACGUUGACCCCAUUCACCUGCCUUAUGACCUGGCCUGGGAGAUGCCACGGGACAGUCUGGUUCUGGGUCGUACGUUGGGAUCUGGAGCGUUUGGCCGUGUUGUCGAGGCGACGGCGCACGGGCUCAGCCGUUCCCAAACCACCACUAAAGUGGCGGUGAAAAUGCUCAAAUCGACGGCACGGAGAAGCGAGACACAAGCUCUGAUGUCUGAACUCAAGAUCAUGAGUCACCUGGGUCCUCACCUGAACAUCGUCAACCUGCUGGGCGCCUGCACCAAACAAGGUCCAUUAUAUCUGGUGACAGAAUACUGUCGCUAUGGCGAUCUGGUGGACUACCUGCACAGGAAUAAGCACAGCUUCCUGCAGUCCUACGCCGACAAGAACCACAUGACCAACGGCAGCCUGAUCUGCAACGACAGCGACGUGCCAACCGGGAAAGAAUAUGUGUCGUUCGGCAGCGAGUGUGACGGAGGAUAUAUGGACAUGACUAAAGACGAGCAGAUGGAAUAUGUUCCCAUGCAGGAGCUCGCAGACUCUAUCAAGUAUGCAGAUAUCCAGCCGUCGCCGUACGAGUCCCCGUACCAGCAGGACAUCUACCAGGAGCAAGGUCACAGGGUGGAUCACUCUCUGGUCAUCAGCGAUUCUCCGGUUCUGAGCUACGGUGACCUUGUUGGUUUUAGUUUCCAGGUGGCCAAAGGCAUGGAGUUCCUGGCCUCAAAGAAUUGUGUCCAUCGAGAUCUGGCAGCAAGAAAUGUUUUGAUCUGUGAGGGCAAACUGGCCAAGAUCUGCGACUUUGGACUGGCCAGAGACAUCAUGCACGACAACAACUACAUCUCCAAAGGCAGCACGUUUCUUCCUCUGAAGUGGAUGGCGCCGGAGAGCAUCUUUCAUAACCUGUACACCACUCUGAGUGACGUCUGGUCUUACGGCAUCUUACUGUGGGAGAUUUUCACUCUGGGAGGAACCCCAUAUCCAGACCUGCCGAUGAACGAGUUGUUUUACAGCGCUCUGAAGAGAGGUUACCGCAUGGCCAAACCCUCAUACGCCAACGAGGACAUAUAUGAGGUCAUGAGGAAAUGUUGGGAUGAGAAGUAUGAGAAGCGUCCAGAGUUCUCCUUUCUGGUGCACACGAUGGGGAACAUGCUUUCAGACGGAUAUAAAAAGAAAUACUCUCAGGUGAGCGACAGCUUUCUGAAGAGCGAUCACCCUGCGGUGGCUCGUGUGAAGCCGCUGGUCCCGUCUCCGUUCCCGGGUGCCUUCUCUCUCGAGUCUCCCACCUCAGAUGAAACCCCAAACCCGAGCCCGCAGGCCGACGGAGACGCUCCACACAACGAGUACAUCAUCCCCAUCCCCGACCCCAAGCCAGAGGAGGAGCCCCAGUACGAGCCUGUGCUGACGGAAACCCCCUCGAGCUCUUUAAGUUCUGAUGAUGAGACGGUCUCCAUGGAAACCCCGAGUACUGAACCCGAGCGAGAGGAACUGCUGCCGGAACAUUCUGGAAGUCUAGAAGUGGAAGAGAGCUUCCUGUGACACAUUCCUACUUCCUGUCAUCAUGAAGUAAUUUUAAUGUACAUUUCGAGCAGAUUUUUUUUUACGAAUUGAAUGCAUCAAUUCAAAAGAAAAUGUUCAUAAAUACAUCAGAAUGAUAUGCUAGACUUCCUCGUGUGCUCUUAAAGGGACCGGCUGUGAAGGCUGAGGCUUGAACCAGAUCAGUUUUUAAUUUUUUAAUUUUUUUUUUUAUGAAAAUGGUACAAUGCAGUAUUAUAAACUGCAGAAGGCAAAGCUACAAUCAGCCGUUAUACUGUACAUUAGUUGUGUUAUUCAGAAGGUACACCGUUUAAAAUCAAACAUUAUAGAUGGCUUUUAAUUUUUACUUUGUGUUUAAAUCAUUCUCAGCAUAUUUUGAACAUUAUUGAAAAAAUGAAGUGCAUAUUUCAUUUCUGUAUUCAGGCAGCGGCCUGUGACUUUUGAUUAACUUUCUUUUUUUUGGUAACGAUUCUUGUAGCAAACUUGCACUUUAAUGUUUAUGAGUAGUUGAAGCAUAUUUACACACAUGUGAUUGUUUAUGAUUCUGUAAAGUGAAAGCAACACUUUUUCUUAUUAGUAUGGCCUUGUUUUCCAGUACAAAUAUAUGAAUAUUCAUAAAUCAACAUUUACUUGAGAAGCAAAAUUACUAAAGAUAUUAAGUCUUGUUUUUUUGAGAAUAAUGUGAGUUUAUGCUUAAAACAGGGGGUAAAAAACGUGAUAAGAAAUAUAGUUUAUUAUUCUGACCCCGUUGGCAGAUAUUUUGUCUUGUUUUCCAGCUUAAUAUUUCAUAAAACAAGAUUUAAGUCUAGUCAUUUUGCUUCUCCAGUCAAUGUAUCUUGAUUUAGGAAUGUUUAGAUAUUUGUACUGGAAAACAAGUCAACAAUACUGAAGAAGAUAAUAACAGUAUAUCUGAAUGACAUUAGAAACAAAAAUAGUCUGUUGAUCAAAUUAGCACAGUCCAAUAACUCUUCCACACAAUGUUUGAGUGCGUAGAUUUUCCUGCAAACACGUUCAAGAAGGUGUUUGUGUGGCUUCAUCUAGUUUAUUCUUCAUUGUCUUUGUCAUUUUAGCAAUUUAAGUGUUUUUAUGUAUGCACAAGGCCUUAUUAAAUUGCACAUUUCGACACAUAUAUCACAUAGCAAAGUUACACACUCUAAGGUACCAAAGCUAUAUGUAUGUUUAGAAGUAUAUUUUUGUAUAGAUAUUUUGUACAUCGCUCUUUUACACAGUCUAUGUAUGAUAAACAAUAAAAGCUGUGAUAAAGUCUUUAA